AUGAUCUUCGUCUUGACGCUAGUGGCUCUCUGCACCGCAAUCCAUUGCCCAGACGGAGAGGUUGAAGUUGAUGGAGCUUGCUAUCCAUCCAGCUGUGUUUUUGAAGACACAGUGUGCAACAAUCAUGGAACUUGCACAGCCUCGGUCUGUAGGUGCGACUCUGGCUACAGUCUUGGAAAUCAGGGAUGCUACCCGUCGAUCUGCUACCUUGCGUCUGAUGAUGUUUGCAAUGGCCAUGGAAAAUGUGUGGAGUCGGAACACGGAAGCUAUGAGUGUAGCUGUGACCAGGGCUACAUUAACGACUACCAGGUCUGUGUUCCAGAAGCUUGCUACACUGAGGAAGGCGUCUGCUUUGGCUACGGGACGUGCAUUCAGCCAACCGAUGGGAGCGCGCCAUACUGUCGCUGCUAUCCUGCGAACGCGGGCGAAAAGUGCACAGAGUGCUCAUCUGAGGCUGUUCUUAUUGAUGGAGCGUGUGUUCACAAGUCUUGCCUGACGGAAUUUGUCCCUGGAGAGACACUGGUCUGCAAUGGAUUGGGCCGCUGCAUGAUUAUGCCCUUCCCGAACAUUCACUAUGUUUGCUCGUGCUACCCAUAUGAUGGUACCUUCUACAAUAACACUUGCAUUUAUAAUGGCUGCAUUACUGAGUAUAACUUGUAUGGCAUAACGGAGGUCUGCUCUGAUAGAGGUAUCUGUGCUGGCACUCGCUGUGUUUGCGAUAGCGGAUACAAUGGGCCCACUUGCGAGUACAAGGUCGUCGAUUGCGAACCAGGGUUCGUGUCUGCUCAAGAGACAUGCUAUCCGGAGGCCUGCAUUUCCGACGAGAGUGUAUGUGGUGGCCACGGCCGCUGUAUUUGGAACAAUGAUGGAGCGGCUUGCGCAUGUAAUGACGGUUUCGUCUUCUACGAAAACACCUGCAUCUAUGCCUCUUGCAUCGUGAAUGGCAUUGUGUGUCCUCAUGGCACAUAUGAUGCUUCAAUGAACCCUCCCCGGUGUAUUUGUCCCACUGACUACAUUGGUCGGAAUUCUGUCUGCUACCCGUCCUCGUGUGUCACCAAUAGUCAGACGAAUCCGCCUCAGCUAUGUCACAGUGCGGGAUCAUGCGACUUUGACACCGGUGUGUGUAGCUGUAACCCAACAAACUCAGGUCCUACUUGCGAAGAAUGCUCGUCGGAGGCGACACUGAUAGAUGGGGUUUGCCAGCCAUGGUCGUGCAUUGAUGAACGCAACCCUGAUGCUCUAUCGGUCUGCUCUGGCAAAGGUACCUGUAUUGCAUAUUCUGGAAGAGAUGUGUUCGACGUGUGUUACAUGUGCAGUUGUGAUUCCGGUUAUGAAACCGUUCCAGGGGGGAUCUGUGUUCCAAAUAGCUGCGUGACUGCUUCACUUAUAAUCUGCAGCAAUCGUGGAACUUGCACUGAUGGCGUCUGUAAGUGUAACGAAGGAUAUAGCGGGGCUCUUUGUGAGUGGUACCAGUGUCCUACUGGCCAAACAUUUGUCAAUAACUUGUGUGUCCACGAAGAAUGUGUGACGAGUUACGAUGAUGUGGCGCAGACGACGUCUGUUUGCGGAGGAUAUGGCCGUUGCGUAGAAGAUGAUGGCAGCUACAAAUGCUCUUGUCGCUCAGAUGCUAAGGUCAUUGAUGGCGAGUGCGUUAACGAGUCGUGUAUUACCAACUCAGCUACUAACGAGGUGUGCAGUGGUCAUGGAAAGUGCAAUGGAUAUAACUGUGUUUGUUCUGUUGGAUACUUUGGAAAGCACUGUAAUGUAAAAACACUUUAG